GAAAAAAAAAAAAAACUUAAGCAAGUGCAUAAAGAAGAAGGAGAAAAGUUCGAAAAGUAAAUAAACAAAGAAAAAGCACAUCCUAUUAUAAACACCUAACACCGCAGUAUAAAAAAGAAAGCAACAAUAAUAUCAAAGCAAUGGGCACAAGGGAAGAUGAAUACGAUUAUUUAUUUAAAGUUGUUCUUAUUGGUGACUCGGGUGUAGGUAAAAGUAAUUUGCUUUCACGUUUUACGCGCAAUGAAUUCAAUUUGGAAUCGAAAUCAACGAUUGGCGUCGAAUUCGCUACGCGCAGUAUAGAGGUGGAUGGUAAAACGAUUAAAGCUCAAAUAUGGGAUACAGCCGGUCAGGAGCGUUAUAGGGCCAUAACAUCAGCCUAUUAUCGUGGCGCUGUAGGUGCUCUACUAGUGUACGAUAUAGCUAAGCAUUUGACGUACGAGAAUGUUGAGCGGUGGCUGCGAGAAUUGCGCGAUCAUGCAGAUCAGAAUAUAGUGAUUAUGCUGGUGGGCAAUAAAUCCGAUUUGAGACAUUUACGUUCAGUACCCACGGAUGAGGCCAAACUAUUUGCCGAACGUAACGGUCUGAGUUUCAUUGAAACGUCAGCCCUCGAUUCAACUAAUGUCGAAACUGCAUUCCAAAAUAUACUCACAGAAAUUUAUCGCAUUGUUUCUCAAAAGCAAAUACGUGAUCCGCCUGAAGGUGAUGUUAUACGUCCUGGCAAUGAAGUUCCAAUUGAUAUUAAGCCGACUGUACCCGGUGAUGUACGCAAACAGUGCUGUCAGUGACCGCCUUAUAGUAGCUGCCUCUGCUGCCUGCAUGUGAACUAUAACUACAACAGCAACAACAACAACAAUAGCAACAUUUUAAACAUGCGUCAAGCCCAUGUUGUGUUUUAAACGGAAACAAAAAAAAAAAAGAAACAAAAAAAAUUAACGAUGAUUACAAAAGUAAAACAAAACCAAGCGAGAGAGAGAGAGAGAGAGAGAGGGAGAACAACAAACAAACAAUUGGUUUAUCAUACACAUUUUACGUUAAGAGGAAGCAUAACAUUUGGUAGAGCAGCAUAUUUUAAUCAACCGCCCCAGCCGCCCUAAUCGCCGCCCCUAAAGUGAUUCGUUUGAAAGCAAAAAAAAAA